AUUUUAGGUUGCUGCAGUUGAUGUCUGGAGGGAUUUUGCAAAAGCUGGAACAAGACGCCAUGCGGGCGCCUUUUCUGGACACUGGGGACGCCACGGCGGAAACUUUCAAAAAAGUUCUUCUCCUGGGCGGCGAAUCCAUUGAAACUGAAAGAGUCGUGCUCUCAGUCCGAAAACUGAGAUUUGCUUUCAUACUUCUCAUUUGUGGACUCGGACUAGGAACCGUCGAAAUUCCGAGAGAGAAAAGAAUAGCUAGGGAAAAUAGCUACGAAGAUGUCAUUCAACCCCGAAAAGAAAUUUCAGAAUCUUUGGACUCCAGCGAUACCGAAUCAACAUCUGAAGAAGCCUUCGCCGAUUUCUUGUCGCAAAUCCACGAGCACCCAGAAGAAACACCUGCAGAAAAACAAGAGAAAAUCGAAGAACAAAUCACAUUGAAAGAAUCUCAUGGACCUCUGUUCAACAAGUAUAGGAAGAAAAUACUGCCAGCUGGAGAAGAAGAAACUGGGAUCAAAACUGAGGAGGAAGGUUUCACUUAUCAAAAAGAGGAAUUCAGUGAGAAAAUCAGAGAGGACAGCAGUGAUGACAUUCCAAUUCCAGACUCCAGUGUUCUGAAAGCUCUCAUUGAUCAUACCCAGUUGUGCAAGAUUAUUCUUAUGAAUGUAUUUCUGAAUGAUUAUACAGAGAAAAUCGAAGAACAAAUCACAUUGAAAGAAUCUCAUGGACGUCUGUUCAACAAGUAUAGGAAGAAAAUACUGCCAACUGGAGAAGAGGAAACUGGGAUCAAAACUGAGGAGGAAGGUUUCACUUAUCAAGAAGAGGAAUUCAGUGAGAAAACCAGAGAGGACAGCAGUGAUGACAUUCCAAUUCCAGACUCCAGUGUUCUGAAAGCUCUCAUUGAUCAUACCCAGGACUACAUGGACACAGCCAACUUGGACCCAGAGUCAGAAUACACGGGACCCCGAAAGACUUGCCAACGGUCCCGAGCCCGACAACGCGGGUUGCCCGACGAUGUGAAAGUCGUGUUGUCGUACCCGCAUCCCCUGUCGCCCGAGGACAAGCAGAAAAUGGAGGCGGCUUCGGCGGCGUAUUGGGCGGCUGUCGGACGCCAGCCGCCGACGAGUCCAGACCGCAGCCAAGUCUUUUAUGAACGGCUGGUGUCCGUGAGCGAAAAAGAAGUGCCGCCGCCAACGCCAUCUGAUGUAGAGACGGAGACUAGAAGAUGAGAGAAAGACGGACGGACAAAGAGAGAGAGGGAGGGAGGAAGAAAUUGUCUACCGGACCCCAUGCACUAUAGAAAACCGUACCUUGUUGAUUUAGCGUACCGGGGUGAAUUAUACAUUCGUGCGUGAUUUUACCCAAUUGCAACAACAACAAAAACAUUAAGUUGCUCUGUUCCUAUAGUUCUUAUCCUGUUUUCCCUGAGAUAAGACCCAGGCAUUCAAUAAGUUCUUUAUUCACAUUUUCAGCUGCUUCUAAGGGGAUAUAAACCCUGCUAAAAGUCAUGUCUAGAAUCUUUGGGAAUAAACUUCUAGAAAACUUCAAUUCCUCUUCAUGUUCAUUUCGCUCUGGGCAAAUUAGUGCAUUAAAUUGAUUAGAAGAUACAAUUAUGCUGUUCUUCCCCAGCAACCGUAUAAUUAAAACUUGUCAUCUUUUCCACUCAUUUUCCCAUAAUCAUCAAAUUAGUCAGUCAGAGAAAUAUUUUCAGAUGUUCCUGUGAAUGUAAAUGAUUCCCUAUCAAAUAAAAUUUGGUCUGAAAAUGUCUAGAGUACAUAAAUGAAUUGUUAUCAUAUUUUAAAAAUCCCAGCUGUUCUUUUCAUCUUUGUAUUCUUAUUAUGGUGCUUGUUAAUCCAGCAGUUGUCUCAGCCUCAAAGAUUCCAUCAAAAUGACUGAACAAUAUUUCCCAUCUGAAAAGUACUGUGGAAGUAAUAUAUUUUCCUUGUUUGUGUGAUAAGAUGAAAUAAUUAAUGCCUAUAUACGACAUAAAGAGUCUUAUACUGUAUAGCCCAUUGAGAGAGGGUUAAAUUUGAAGAAUGGUCUUAUUUUAGGGGAAUGCACUUUUCAUUAUUAAGCUAUGCUGUCAUCAUUGAGCCGGAUUUGUUUUCUCAAGUAUUCCUUUCCAUGGCUUUACCUGACAGAAAAUUUGCUCGGAAGUGUUGAAAUGGACUUCUUGAAUUGAAAAAUGAAUCAAGAAACAAGGUUAGCGUUUUUCUUCAUAAUACAUAGACGAGGUAUACCGCCGUAUUAAACUAUCGUGUAAGUGUAACUACAAAAUGGCACUUUAUUGCAGGUGAAACAUGAAGCUUUACACAGCCCUGAUAAUUAAAUUUCUUCUCCAUCACUUAAUAUUUAUGGCUUGGUGGAACACAACUUUCUGCAACGCACAAGUGACAUCUGGCUUACCAUCUGCAGAACCGAAACUCUUGCCCAUCAAGAUAACCCACGAAUUUGUUGCAAAAUUGAUACGGAGGAAGAGAAAUGCGCCGGUUAGUAACGAGAAAUUAGGCCACCAGGUGUCACUGCCUUAUUCGACAACUGAAAAGUUCACUGCCGGAAACUCACCUGGAAAAUUCGAAUCACUGCUGGUGAAGCAAAAGUUCCCUCAACGCAAGAACAAGACUCUGAAAGUUUUCUUUGGACCGUCUGUACAAAAGCAGAUUGAUUUCCUGGCACGGAAACUUGAAGAAAUGGCUUACGGAACGUCUUCAACGACGAAACACAAAAAAUGAAUUCAACGGAGACAUUUGUAUACUGUAUAUAUAUAAACUCAAGAUUUGAAAA